AACGAAAUACGUUUCAUCAUGCUGUUUGGAACGAUAAAAAAAUUGCUUUCUAGUGAAUAUAGAGAAUUCAACGAUACAAUUUUAGUUGAGAGUCCCUUUAGGGAAACAACUAGAGAUGGCAAAGAUAUAUUGCGUUUAGUGCAGCUCGAUGCGUGCUAUGGAUGCAUGCUUUGGAUGCGUGCUAUGAAUGCGUGCUACGGAUGCGUGCUAUGGAUGUGUUCUACGGAUGGCUUCCCUACUAUCAAUACACCGUAUACUCAACAGCAACAGGUUUAACUUCAAGAGCAUUCAUAAUUGCGUAUGAACAUGAUAUUAUGGGGAAACAAACGACUUCGCGCGGAGGUUCUCCACUCUGCCGAGCCUCAAGCGUCAUAGAAAUCCUUUCCAUGUAUCCAUGGGAGUCGAUCAAGUUAUCAGUGUUUAAAAAAACAAAAAAGCAAAUAGUAAAAGCUACGUUCAUCAAUGAUGGUGUCCGGUAUUUUGAAUUGAUAGAAAUGCCGAAAAGAAACAUAUUUUGGAGUCUUUGGCGUCUCAAUAUAAAAGAACUAAAUAGUUCCUAUAAAAAAUGGCCCUUUGUAGUAAUUUCAAGCAUUAAGAAUUGUAAUGAAGAUGUAGUCGAAAAGCGGGUUCCAGAAUGUAUCGAGUUACGAUUUAUAAAGCAUACAGAAAAGGAAAAAUGGGCAACAUGGACCGACAAGUACUUGUACUUAGGAUCACAGAGAGAAGCUGAAGACAAAAUUCGACCUGUACCAGUUGCAGGACUAGGUCGGGCAGAGGAGAUAAAACUUUUAUAUCUAAAACCGCGGUAUUUUGGUUGUUGGGAACAAUCUGAGCAUUGGGUUCAAUGUGGAGACAGUUCGUUAGAUGUUAUUAAAGAAAAUAAUUAUUAAAUAUUUAUUUACACAGUAAUUUACUAUGUUUUUAUAAGUUUUUACUUUAAUUUAUUAAAAGUUUUUAUGACAGAA